AUGGACUCUGAUAGCGAGAAUGAAUUUACGGCUAAUAAAAUUUUGAAGCUUCCACGCCUGCAAGUCCCAUCGUCACAAAAUGAUAAUUCUGAGGCUUGUAAAACUGAUAAUUCACCAAGUCCAUUGUCGUCAAAUCGCUCAAGGAAACCAACAUCAAGAGCUGAAAUAAUGCAUAAUCCCCCAUCAUCAAGCACAAAUACAUUUCCUAUUUCACCCACUGGAGGAUCACAACAACAAUUAUCAAAUGCGUCGUCAUCGUCUUCAAUAAAACCAUUAAGAUCAGAAAAAAGAAUACGUCAAACAAUAGAAUCAUCAUCAUCAUCAUCAUCAUCAUCAUCAUCAUCAUCAUCAUCAUCAUCAUCAUCAUCAUCAUCAUCAUCAUCAUCAUCAUCAUCACCAUCAUCACCAUCAUCGCCACAGCACCACCACUACCACUACCACUUCCACUACAACAUAAUAAUGAUGUAA